AUGGUAAAUUGGGCUGCUAAACGAGUAGGGUGGCUCCCAACUAAUGAGAAUGAAUAUCCUAAAACAAGUCAUGUUGGAUUUGGUCUUGUUCUUGGUGAUGAUGGGGAAAGAUUCCGGACUCGUAGUACAGAAGUUGUUAAGUUGGUGGAUUUGCUUGAUGAAGCUAAAACUCGUUGUACAACCGCUCUUAUGGAGAGAGGUAGGGCUGCCGAGUGGACUGCGGAUGAGCUUGAGAGUACUGCUGAAGCAGUAGGAUAUGGUGCUGUUAAGUAUGCAGACCUGAAGAACAAUAGAUCGACCAAUUACACCUUUAAUUUUGAUCAGAUGCUCAAUGACAAGGGAAAUACUGCUGUGUAUCUGCUGUAUGCAUAUGCUCGAAUCUCUUCCAUAAUCCGGAGAUCUGGUAAAGACAUUGAGCAGUUAAAGAAGGAGGGGCAACUAAUCCUGGAAAAAAAUGAAGAACACGCACUGGGAUUACAUCUGCUCCAGUUUGCUGAGGUUGUCAAAGAAGCUUGCACAAAUCUAUUACCUAACGUCCUGUGUGAAUUUCUAUACGAUUUAUCCGAAAAGUAUACUAGUUUUUACUCCGUAUGCCAGGUUAUUGGGUCUGCCGAAGAGACAAGCAGACUAAUGUUGUGUCAGGCAACUGCUGUGGUGAUGGAGAAAUGCUUCGAUCUUUUAGGCAUUACCCCUGUCGACGAGAUCUGA